AUGUCCAAUACAUCAUCUGCGUCACCACAUGGUACAAUUAAAGAUUCUGCACUUCCACAAACUUCCAUUAAAGAAGUAGAUGAACCUGAUCCUAUCGAUCCAGGGCAACAAACAAUCCUUGCGGCAGAAAUUCCUGCAAGG